CGCCCGCGCGGCCGCCGCCGCCAUGCCCUUCCUGCACGGCUUCCGCAGGAUCAUCUUCGAGUACCAGCCGCUGGUGGACGCCAUCCUGGGCGCGCUGGGCGUGCAGGACCCCGAGCGCCGCGGGCCCGCGGACGGGCCCAGCUACGGGGCCAGCGAGGAGAGCCGGCUCCUGGUGCUCACCGAGCUGCUCGAGAGAAAGGCGCACUCUCCGUUUUACCAGGAAGGGGUGAGCAACGCCCUGCUGAAGAUGGCCGAGCUGGGGCUGACCCAGGCGGCCGACGUGCUGCUGAGGAAUGGGGCCAACCUCAACUUUGAAGACCCGGUCACCUACUACACGGCCCUGCACAUCGCCGUCCUGCGGAACCAGCCCGACGUGGUGGAGCUGCUCGUGCGCCACGGGGCCGACAUCAACCGCAGGGACCGGAUCCACGAGAGCAGCCCCUUGGACCUGGCGAGCGAGGAGCCGGAGCGCCUGCCCUGCCUGCGGCGCCUCCUGGAGCUUGGGGCCGAUGUCAACGCAGCCGACAAGCACGGGAAGACGGCGCUGCUCCACGCCCUGGCCAGCAGCGACGGGGUGCAGAUCCACAACACCGAGAAUAUCCGGCUCUUACUGGAAGGAGGGGCCGACGUCAAGGCUACCACCAAGGACGGGGACACCGUGUUCACGUGCAUCAUCUUCCUGCUGGGGGAGACUGUGGGAGGGGACCAAGAGGAGGCCCAGAUGAUAAACCGCUUUUGCUUCCAAGUGACGCAGCUGCUGCUGGCCCACGGGGCCGACCCGAGUGAAUGCCCAGCCCACGAGUCCCUCACCCACAUCUGCCUCAAGAGCUUUAAGCUGCAUUUCCCUCUGCUGUGCUUCCUGCUGGAGUCCGGGGCUGCCUACAAUUGUUCCCUCCACGGUGCGUCCUGCUGGUCUGGCUUCCACAUCAUUUUCGAGAGGCUGUGUUCCCACCCGGGCUGCGCCGAGGACGAGAGCCAUGUGGAGCUGCUGCGCAAAGCUGAGACCAUCCUGGACCUCAUGGUAACCAACUCCCACAAGCUCCAGCUGCCAGAAAACUUCGACAUCCAUCCCGUGGGCAGCCUGGCUGCAAAGAUCCAGGCCCUUCACUGCUCCCUGAGGCAGCUGGAGAGCUAUCCCCCGCCCCUCAAGCACCUGUGUCGCGUUUACAUCCGGCUCUACCUUCAGCCGUGGCCUGUGGACACCAAGGUCAAAGCCCUGCCUCUGCCCGACAGGCUGAAGUGGUACCUCCUCAGUGAGCAUAGCAGCGCCGUCGAAGACGAGGUCUGAAGGCCCCAGGCGGAAGGGAGCAGGGUCUGGGCAGCUGUCAGCCUGUGGGUGCUGCCUUAGGGCAAGUCCUUUCAUCUGGAAACCUCUGGGUCCUCUGCUGCAUGUUGGCUGGAGAUGGGAGAUAGGACUUGGUGCUUAGUGAGGCGGCAGGCGAGCCUGGCAGCUGCGUCAUUCCAGUGGAGGAGGCGUGUUCAGUCUUCCAGGGAGAUAUUCUCCACACCCCUACCCUCCCCCACAUCUCAACUACAUAGAUUUAGGCCAGGGUUUUUACCCUCUUAAUUUGAGGGGUGCUGGGCAUUUAGAGGGAGGGCCUCUCCAAGCCCAGGUCCUCCCGAGCACAGACCGGCCUGCCCUGCCUGGGAAAAGGACCGAGGCAGAAGCCAGCCAGGGGCCCAGGCAGGCCUUGGGGGUGCGACCCAGCCAGGGCCCCGACCUCUCUUCACUCAAGUUUCUGCCCUUAGGAAAGUGCCCGGGUGGUGGGUGUUGAGGCCAAGCCACCUGUGCCCUGGCAGCGGUUCUGCUUGUGCCAA